GUAAACAAACAAGAUGGCUUCUAAGUAAGACAAAAGUACAACAGGUCUUCGUGUUGGGAUGCUAAACUUAGGCCCCGCAGGAUGAUUCUAGCCCCAUUAUUGACGUACGAUGAAAGAUUCGACCCAGGAAAUUAUGAUUACGGCCAAGAUAAUGAGGAUUUUACGGAAUAAGUUCUUUUUGACGGUGUUAGUUCUGGUUGGGGUGAUCUACUUCGGCCUCUCGCUCUGGACAGACGGUACUGGCAUUCCUGACGAAAAUGAAGACGAAGUUGGAGGAAGGGUGGAAUUUCGAUGGGGGCCAGACUCACCCAAUGGAACUUCAAGUGACAAAGUAACAACAUGUAGAAAUUCAGUGCAAGGAAAGGUUCUCCUAGCUGAUGACCAAGGUUAUGUAUGCCAUAGGGUGGACCGCUUGAGCACCGGCUGUUGCAAUGUUGCUGUAGACACAACCCGCCGCUAUGCAUGUGACACCUGCAAUAGUCAUGGAUGCUGUGCUAUUUAUGAAUAUUGUGUAUCCUGUUGCCUACAGCCUGAUAAGAAAGCCCUACUGAAGAAGGUUUUGGGCCAGAUAAGUGAUAACAGCCCGCUAUACGCAUCAGUGUCCGACCACUUUGAGCUCUGCCUUGUGAAAUGCCGCACAUCCAGUCAGUCGGUGCAGCAUGAAACUCUGUACAUAGACCCUAGAGCUAAGCAUUGCUAUGGGGAAGGACCUCCACCUCUUAGCAAUAAUGAAACAUGAGAUUAUUUUAGAAAACAUUAUUUAACAUAUUCCACAUAGUAGCAUUAGAAAUAUAUUUCCAAUAGUUGUAAUACUUAACUAUUUUUUCAAUCUAUUUAUGUGACAUGGACUUUACUAGUGUAAGGUUCUGUAAGCAAAUAUGUAUAGAAAAUGUUCUUUUAAUAUGGUUUUGAGCAGUAGUUACAAUGCUGACUGUGAGGGUGUGUGUGAUAUUUUUAUUCAAACUCAUAACUUUUAAUAUAUUUGAGGUAAUAGUGACUUAUUUAUAAUUGUUUACUAUUGUGUGUCCAUAUUGGCCUCAGUAGUAAGUUGUAUUAGAUGCUAAACAGUUACAAUAUUAUCCCCCCUCUUGGUUUACUGCAACACAGUUGGUAAAUUUGUCUCAUCAUUAAUUGUUUUUUGCUAUUAUGUAAGACAUGUAAUGUUAUUUCAAGCAGAUGAUGCAUUUUGUAAAGUUUACUCUGCUUUUAAUAUCUGAGAUUAAGUGGCACAAGUUUUGAAUGUCUGAAUAUAUGAAUUUCAUUUUAUAUGUUAUUUUAGUUCUAAUAUAGGUAUUCUUUGUUAGUUUUAACCUAUAUUGAUAGUAUUGCACUUUUUAUUAAUUGUGAAGAAUAAUGCAAUAUAUUUAGCCAACUGUUUUUUAUUGUUAAGAGUGAGUGAGUGAGUGAGUGAGUGAGUGAGUGAGUGAGUGAGUGAGUGAGUGAGUGAGUGAGUGAGUGAGUGUGUGAGUGUGUGAGUGUGUGAGUGUGUGAGUGUGUGUGUGUGUGAGUGUGUGA